AUGUGUAUAAGAGACAAGCUAUAUACACUGCACUGGACCUGCAGUUUGAAGUCCUUAUCCGAGAAUACUUGGUUCUACCAACCGAAUCAGGUGCGAGGAGCAGCUGGAACCAGCGCCGAUAAGCUGGGUCAUACAUUGCGUACGAGAAGUGUCGGCAUCGAAACAGCACCUGAUAAUGGGGAUAGCUCAGCGACAUCAUGUCCACGCGGACCAACUGGAGCAGUGGCUGGAGCACCAGGUGUUCCCGGAGUUCCAGGAGUUCCAGGAGUUCCUGGUUUCAAUGGUGCAUGCGAACCAGGACCAAAGGGCGCCACAGGAGCAAAGGGCGAUAUGGGGCCCUCAGGUGUACCAGGGCGGAAGGGUGAAUUGGGUCUUCCGGGGAUCGACGGUUUAGACGGUGCCCCGGGAGAAGUUGGACCACCUGGAGAAAAAGGUGAUUCAGGCAAUACCUCAAAACCUAUUUUGGCAUCAUGUGAUGCUCUGAAGAAAGCCGGUUUUGGUUUUAGCGGUACUUACAGAAUCGAUCCCGAUGGUGCCAGUAAUGGAUUGGAGCCGUUCUCAGUAGUUUGUGAUAUGACAUCAGAUUUAUCUGUGGGUUAUACAACGAUUCACCACGACAAAGAAGAAGACGGCGAUGUAAAGGGUUUCGAGGACAAAGGGUCAUUCAUAGUGAAUGUUACUUACGAUCUUGGGCGGGAGCAGGUAGAGGCGAUCAAGGCAGUUUCAUCUUCGUGCAGACAAUUUAUUAAAUAUGAAUGUAUCGGAUCACUGUUUUCUAAUGGAUAUCAAUAUUGGAUCUCAUUUGAUGGCCAACCGAUGGUCAACUGGGGAGGUGUCCCAACAGGAACUACGGGAUGCGCAUGCGGGGUGACAGGCGGAUCCAAACCCCUCCCCAUGCCAGUCCCGCCGAAAAAUCAAAAAGAGGAGAAAAAAUUUGAGACGAGUAAAAAGGCCAAAAGACUGAGACGGUGCUUGUUAGCCAUUGUUACAGAAUGUACCCAGCUAGUAGAACAGCUAGCCAUGCUCGUCGUUAACGCCUAUGCACUCUCAUGCGGCGGUGAGCAGGGCCACCGACCCUUAGGGCCUCUUCCGUGCCCCUACCCAUAG